AUGCCGCUCACUCUCGCGGAUUGUUCAGAGCGGCCGGAGGAGACAUCGGGCGUGUACAUCAUCUACCCUGGCGGCGUGGACACAAUCUACCCCACUGCCGUCCAAGUUUACUGCGACCAGACGACGGACGGCGGCGGCUGGACGGUCUUCCUGCGGCGCCAGAAGCAGGAGCCUCAACUCAACUUCAGUCGAACCUUCAAGGAUUACAAAGAAGGCUUCGGCAGUCCCAGUGGCGAAUACUGGCUGGGCCUGGAGAACUUGCAUCGCCUGACGACCACGAAGACGAUGGAGAUGAGGGCCGUGAUCGUCCGAGGAGUAAACCGCGCCAGCGGCCGCUACCUGGACUUCAAAGUGGAAGGCGGUGAUGAGUACACACUGAGGGUCGGCGGCUACGACAACGUGAGCAGCUCUGCCUUCGAUGCCCUCACCUACCACGACGGCAGGCAGUUCUCGACCAUCGAUCGUGAUCGUGAUUCAAAGAGUGACCAAGCAAAGACCCGACAAAGACCCACCAUAGACCCGCCAAAGACCCAGCAAAAGCCGCGCUUCAAGAGAUGCUCUGAAACGCGAUGUCGACGACUUAUUUCGCCGUCGAUGUACUCGCUGUGGGCGGAGCUGCUUUGUGGGAGCGGGGCACUCGUUCUUCCUUCUGGGGCUGUCGGCGGCUGCGGCCAAGCGGACCAGAAGCCUUUUGCACUAUUGAAAACCAUGGCUGUUUUAUCGCCGACUGCCUUAUCGUCGGCCAUACUAGGGAUAGAACCAUAUAUGCUACUGGGGCUAACAUCGUCCAUCGUUAAGGACGGAAUCCCGUUUUCAAGACCAAAGAAACACAUGCAAAUCACCGACGGCCACGCUCGCUCCCCACCCCUGCCACUUUCUGCUGAGCCGCCACUUACUUCGGAGCCGCCACUUUCUUCUGAGCUGCCACUUUCUUCUGAGCCGCCACUUACUUCGGAGCCGCCACUUUCUUCUGAGCUGCCACUUUCUUCUGAUCUGCCUCUUACUUCGGAGCCGCCACUUUCUUCUGAGCCGCCACUUAUCUCUCAGUCCAGCACCAUCACACCUCAACAGACGACGGUGCCGUUCACUCCCGCGGAUUGUUCGGAGCGGCCGGAGAAGACAUCGGGCGUGUACACCAUCUACCCCAGCGGCGCUGCCGUCCAAGUUUACUGCGACCAGACGACGAACGGCGGCGGCUGGACGGUCUUCCUGCGGCGCCAGAAGCAAGAGCCUCAACUCAACUUCAGUCGAACCUUCAAGGAAUACGAAGAAGGAUUCGGCAGUCCCAGUGGCGAAUACUGGCUGGGCCUGGAGGACUUGCAUCUCCUGACGACCACGCGACCGCAGGAGCUGCGGGCCGUGAUCGUCCGAGGAGUAAACCGCACCAGCGCCCGCUACCUGGACUUAAAUGGAACUGGUGGAGCAGAGGAGGAAAAGCUGUCCGUUUCUUGCGAGCGCGACGACACGCAGGCCAUCGGGGGGCGCGUCGACGCGGCAGACGAACAGCUACGAAGCCAGCGCGCUUCUCCGCCCAGCGUCUUAGAGGUUGCCUGCUAA